UACUGCUGUGUACUAUACGUGCUAUAUAAAGCAAGGUUUUGGACACGUUAAAUUUGUAGGCUUUUAGACCAGACAGGAACAUCAUUGGACAUCAUAUAUUCACAAUGAAGACCCUCAUCGUGAUCUUGUUGCUGAGUUUUGUGUGCCUAGUACACUGUAGAGGUCCGCGGCUCCCCAACAUGAUUACGUCAAAUUUGAGGAGUUCAAAGGUCAACAACAAACGGAUGAUCAAUGAGACAAAUAUUCCACCAUCACGUGGUCCAAUGGAAGAUGAUCUUUACGAGAUACAACAUGCUUUUAUGUUUCCUGGAAGUAACUACCUUAUAGACUUACUUAAAGAUUACGUAUCCUAUAUGAUGGAAAAUGACAUGGACUCUGUUGACAUGAAAGAUUUUUUCCAGUUUCCAGAAUGCGACAUAAAGGACUUAAUGAGUGAAUGGCGUAAAGUGUACGUGUUUUAA